AUGCCACCGGUCGCUGCAGCAGUGGGGCCGUCCCCUUGGUCAGCCCCGCCCUUACCCGUUGCUGGCUCCUUCACGUACCCUCCGGGAACUUCUGCUGCCUACCGCGUCGUCCGCCCGCUCUCCCCGAUCUCUCCUUCGUGCCUCCCUCCUCCUCCCUUCUCCGCUCCUCCGAACAGUCUCUCUCAUGAACCUUCCGCAGCGUUGACUCGACUCCAUCACCUGGACAGCUUCCCUUCGUGUCCCAGUGGCGGUGGGGGGACCACAGUACAUGCUCCUACUGGAACUGACUUCUUCGAUGCAGCCCUUCCUGCUCAGCAGAGGCGCCCCAGACGUUUUCUGUGCACCUGCCCCAACUGUGCCAGUGGCGCCAACUUCAAGGCCACUAAGAAACAGCACGUGUGCCACUAUCCCAACUGCUCCAAGGUGUACAGAAAGACGACCACCCUUCGCGCACACAUUCUUGUGCACACGGGUGAGCGACCAUAUAUCUGUCACUGGCUCGACUGCGGGAAGGGGUUCACUGUCAACAACCAAUUACGGCGACACCUCAAGAUACACACAGGGGAGAAGACGUUUGUGUGCGUCGAGUGCGGGAAGGGGUUCAUGCGCAGCGACCACCUCAACAAGCACACCAAAACCCACCAGCAGAGGCGCCCCAGUCGUUGUUGGUGCACCUGCCCCAACUGUGCCAGUGGCGCCAACUCCAAGGCCACUAACCCGGACGGCUCUCCAAGAAAGAAACAGCACGUGUGCCACUAUCCCAACUGCUCCAAGGUGUACGGAAGGUCGUCCCACCUUCGCGCACACUACCGCUGCCACACGGGUGAGCGGCCGUAUAUCUGUAUCUGGCUCGGCUGUUGGAAGCGGUUCAAUCGCUCGGACGUAAUACAGCGACACUUCAGGACACACAUGGGGGAGAAGACGUUUGUGUGCGUUGAGUGCGGGAAGGGGUUCAUGCGCAGCGACCACCUCAACAAGCACACCAAAACCCACCAGAUGCUGCGAGAGAAGGAGGCAAAUAGUGGCAGCACUGCAGGAGGGGGAACCAAAUGCCCAGACAGUCUCCCACCACUGGACUGUGAGCAGCAACCCGAGUUUAACACCUCCGAUGCUGACUCUACCAACUUGUGUGCUUUUCCGCUCGAGGACGAUUUCUUCAGCGACGUCCCAUUCAACUGA